CUGGAGUGUUUCCCGAAUCACCCCGCUGGCUCUUGGCCACUCGCCGAAUGACUCAAGCCCGGGAGAUUUUGGUCACCCUUGCCCAGGACAGCAACACCCAGGAAUCUGAGACGCAGGAGGCACUGGAUGAGCUUGACAAUGUCUGCCACCUCCCUGCCGUGGCCCAGAUUUCGCUCCGUGCCCUGCUGGGCUGCCGAAACAUCUGGAAAAAUAUUCUCAUUCUUGGUUUCACCACAUUUAUAGCCCACGCCAUCCGCCACUGUUACCAAAUGGCCUGGGGCUCCUCGCAGGGUCCGCGCGCCGAGUUCUACCUCUCGUACCUGCUGUCGACCGGCAGUGCGGGGCUGGCCUGCCUCUUCCUGUGCCUGAGUGUCGACCGGUACGGCCGUCGUGGGAUCCUGCUGCUCACCACCACACUGACGGGCAUCGCUUCCCUCAUCUUGCUGGGACUGGAAGAGUAUCUCAACCACGCCGCCGUGGUAACGUUCUCCAUCCUCGGCCUGUUCUCCUCACAUGCGGCGGGUUCCCUCAGCAUCUUCUUUGCCUCUGAAGUCAUCCCCACCGUUAUCAGAGGGAAGGGGCUCGGUGUAAUCCUCUCGUUGGCGUCCCUGGGCGGCCUAAGCGCCCCUUUGCUGUGGUUGCGAGAAAAGCACGGCUCCUUCCUCCAGCACAUCGUGUUGGCGUCCUUGAACAUCUUGGCCCUCCUUUGUCUGAUGCUGCUACCCGAGAGCAAGCGCAAGGCCUUGCCCGAAAGCUUACGGGAUGGAGAACUUUACCGGAGACCCUCGCUGCUCCGUCGGGCCGGGGGAGGCGAAAGCCGGGGGGCUGAGGAGGCGACUCGCCGUGACGACGUGCCGCUGCUCUCGACGCCAAACCCUGCCAGUUGAUGCACCCACCAUGCCUUCCACCUGCCAGGACGGACUUCAACUGGCCCAUCCCAACCCAGGCUUCUGGCCUAGUGCGAGAGGCCUCACCCCACCCAGAAAGGGCAGCUUGAGUGAGCCCCGCUUCCUUUUUCUGUUUCUGGUGUUACGCAAGGAAUGCGCACCUCCCUCUCUUCCUUGGGGGAGACUUCCCACUUGCAUAAGCCAUUUUCACAUCCCACCAGACACAGAAAAAAGAAGACAGGCCUUGGAUUUCGUAUGUAAAUGUAUGAAGGGGGCUUUUCCUGCCACACUCAGUUCUGGUGCCAGAGCUUUAACUGCACACCCUUUACAUUUGCCGCAGAAGGUUAGGCCUGAACCUACAGUACAGUUCUGGCUCGUGGGUUUGGGGUGGAGGACAGGAAGAUGACUUCCCCCCCCCCCGGCCCCCUUUUCUGUGUGGUGUUUUCUUGUGCCACGACCAAGAUCUUUUCUCCUAGUCCCUCACAUAACCAGGAUUUGUUCUCCUAGUUCCUCAUAGCUGGCUUUCCAUUUUAAAAGCUCUUGGAGAGGCAGAAAUUGAGGCCUUCCUUCACUCUCUGCCUUUUUAAGAACUGAAAGACACAGGCACGCAACAGGGGGUGGGGGGGAAAUACGUUGGUGCCCUUGCUGGAGUCAUCAGCCACCCUUUAAUUUUUCUAAGGAUGCUUGACUAUGAGCCCCCACUUAACAAGCUUAGCGUGUUCUCCUAGUAGACAUGUAACUUUCUUAGAGAUAUCCUAAAAUCUGAACCUGAGGGGGGAUAACCGUUAAGUUGAACCAAGUUGCGUCUGUUCCCAUUUUACAGAGCAGGAAACUGAGGCUGAGAGAGGUGGUUUUCUGUUCAACCCAGGGUCAAGCUAUCAACCUAUGCACCGCGUUCCAUUUACUAAGGGUCUCUUUUAUAGCAAUUUUCUCAGCGUGCCAAGGGCUUUCCGCAUCUUUGUGCUCACUCCAUAGAGGGUCUCUUGAGACAAAGGAUUUCUGAACUGGACUAGAUGACUCUAGGCUGCCUCAAAGUGCUUUCAUCUCCAAACCUUUUCUCUGUAAUCCACAGAAAAGUUGUAUCUAUUUGUUAGCUACGUGACACACACACACCCCCAGACCUUUGACUUCAAUCCCAUAGUUCCCUGUUGUUCCACCCAGCCACUAGACAAAAUCAGCCAACUUUUUUCAGCCGAUCAGCAGGCAGAAGUUAUUGCAGGUAUGUAUUUUCUCAGCCCCAGAAAAGGUAUUCCUGUUGAAUUUCUGCCUUCAUGCAAUUAAAGGACCAAGGGAGCUCCCACACAUUUUAACAGGCAUCCAGUAUUACCAGCAUGUUAAGUGUUAUGCCACACAUAGGUGGUAGCCUAAGAAAACACCCUGGUGGCAUGGUCACAGGCCAGUCCCACCUGGUUAAAACAUUCCUCUCCAACCUCAUCGGGAACUUCUGCACCUUUUACGUCACCAAAUGGAGAAGGCUUCCCUGCCCCCCAUGAGGAACAGGAAUGUGUCAAAGGACUCCUCUGCACCCCAAGAGACUUCGAAAUGCAACCCCCCCACACACAAAAAAAAAUCUAGACUUUUGACUGCUUUUGACUUUAAAGGGAAAUGUACUACAGACUGUUACAACCUAAAUACAGAUUAAAAGGAAAUCUUCUCAAGAACUUUGG